AUGCAGUUAUCAGUACAAUAUAAUAUAGACUAUUUCAAAAUUUAUCGUGAAUGUUUACAGUUGAACAAAAUGAGUUUAGAAGGCAAUUCACGAGAAGUAGUCUUUGUCAAAGCAAAGCUUGGUACAGAAGGUGGUACUGAUCAGUAUAAGAAAUUUGCUAUUGAUCCGAAUAUCACUGACUACAAAGUUCUUUUGGGUUUGCUGUGUAAAUGUUUUAACAUUAACUCUGACUUUUCAAUCUGUUAUUUGGCUGUCGAUGAAUUCGGUGAACAAUUUUAUUUACCGUUACAAUCCGAUUGGGAUUUAGAUGCAUCGAUUAUCACAUCUGCUGAUUCUACCUUACGAUUGAAAAUCACUCAAAAACCUAAAGUCCCUGAUCCUCAAGAUUGGGAUAUUGUUAUUCCAAAUAGUGUCCAAUCGAAUUCCAAAAGACGUAAACCUCCAAGUGAUACAAAAAAUGAUUUAAAACAUCAAGAUUCAAAAGGAUCCUCACUUUUUUCACAAUUAACUCAACGUUUAGAAAAAACUGUUGCAAAUGUUCGCAAGGCUAUUGGAUUUAGUUUUGAUGGUGAUGGUCUGAUCGACUCAGUACAAUCUCCUAUAUCAGAUAUACAAAUGCGACAAUACAUGGAUGAAAAUGGACGCAUUAUUUAUUUAAAUCAAUUUUACCUAGAUGUAUAUUUACACGGGUUAGAACACAGUUUACGUAAAGUUGCAUGGCGGCUUUUACUAUCAGUUUGUCCAGCGGAUACAACAGGUCAAGAACGUUUUCAUCUAUUGGAUGUCAAAGCACAACAGUAUGCAUCGCUUAAAGAAAAUUGGAAAAAAUUGUACGCUUCAGGUUUAAUGUCCGAGUAUCAAUUAUCCACUUUGGCUUCAAUUAGCAUAGAUGUUGUUCGUACAGACUGGAAAGAAGACUAUUAUCGGAAUGAUGAUAAUCAUCACCGUGUCUGUCAGUUAUUCGAUAUUCUCGCUACUUAUUGUAUCCAUCAUCCAAAUAUCGGAUAUAGCCAGGGUAUGUCUGAUUUGGCCAGUCCCUUGCUAGUUGUUCAAGGCGAUGAAGCGUUAGCAUAUUUAUGUUUCUGUGCUUUAAUGCAACGCGUGAAAUCCAAGUUUAGUGAUACAUAUCAGUUUGUGUUAAUUAAUGAUAUGCAAGAUUUACACGAUCUACUCACGUAUACAGAUAGUGAAUUAGCUCAAUUUUUCCGCGAACAUAAUCUAGCCAAUAUGUAUUUCACACAACGUUGGUUUAUUUUAGAAUUGAAACGUGAAUUCAAUUUCAGUGAAUCUUUGCGUAUUUUUGAAUCACAAUGGGCAGCUUCAUGUCUUGUAAAUAAUAAUAUUAAUAAUAAUUUAGCUGAAAAUGAAACUUAUAAUUCAAAGUCUGAAGGUUAUCUUGUUCUCACUGAUGGUACUUCGUGUAAUCUGUACACAUUAAAUUCUUCUUCAUCAGCUGCCGAUUGGCAACAUUAUACAGCUCGAGAUGUCAGUCUAAUCAAUUCGUUAAUAGGUUCAAAUUAUGUUGUAAAUUUGAGAAAAUCGUCUACAGCUGUAAUUAACUCAAAUGUUAGUAAAUUGGAGAUUCAAUCACCGUCUGCCUCUUCUCCCACAUCGCCUUCAUCUGCAUCUGAUGUCAGCUUUUGUUAUGAAUUGUCCAACAGUAUACCGCCUAAAACAUUAAUCCCCGCCAGUAAUUCCUCGUCUGAAGCAUUAUUCAGUGAAACUAAAUUUGAAAUAAUCCCUGAUGAAUCAGUAUCAGAUUUUUCAGAUUCACUGAGUCGACGACAGUCUUCACAUAAUCCUCCUUCUUCUCAUCAUCAUCAUAAUCAUCGGAAAUCAUCGGGUAGAUUGCCUUCAUUUUCUGGUGAAAGUAGUGAACCUAUUCAAAUCAAGACUAGUGUAACACAGUUACCACCGUUGAAUCAAUUUGGUCAGGGUAAUCCAUUUCUAGUAUUCCUUUGUUUAUCUUUAAUAUUAGAAUAUAAAGAGAUAAUUAUGUCAGAGAUUAAAGAACCCGGAGAUAUUAUCCACUUUUAUCAACAACAUUCUGGUAAACACAAUUCUUCGCGUAUCCUCUAUCGAGCGAAAAAGUUAUUCAAUAAGUAUUUAGAACAGAAUAAUUUUCAAUUAACUGGUUAG